AUAACUUAACAGAUAAGCUCAAUCAAACAUGAUCAGUAGAGUACAGAAACAUAUAUGAGCAAUUUAUUAAAGUAAGUAAAGUCGUUUGUUGAUGAAUUAAAUCAACGAGACCCAGGUCCCUGUCACGCACCGUCGAACGUCACGCGCCGCGGGUAGCAUCGCAAAGCUUAGAAGCCCCAGGGCUCGUCCACGAUCCUCCGAUCCGAAAAGAGAAAAAAGAAGCGUGCUUGGGUCCGAGUCCGAGUUGUGAACUUGUGAUAGAACCGUAGCGUUCGUGAUCGGCACUCCGGCUCCUAAACGAAAUCCCGCGAGCAGCGGUCGACUCCAACGAUGCCACGGGCGGCUUCCAUGCUAUAAAACGCGAGCCCACGGCGCGGCGAGAGGCACAUCAGAAACACGCCGCCGCACGAUAGCACACACCAGAUCAUCGCGAGGAAAGCGCGCGCAUCAGAUCCUCGCGAAGAAGUAGUGCCUAGUUGGGCGACGCACAGCUAGCAUGGGGCGUCGGAACAAUCCGGCGACGUGGCUCCUCGCCUUGGUCGUGCUAGCUCUAGCCCUUUUCGCCGGGCCGUGUGCCGCGGCACAGAUCAAGACCACCGACACGCGCUGGAGCUUCCACCUUCCUUUACCAAGCGGCAUCACCGGCGCCGAGAGCCUCGCCUUCGACGGCAAGGGCGAGGGGCCCUACGCCGGCGUCUCGGACGGCCGCGUCCUCAAGUGGGGCGGCACCACCGUCGGCUGGACCACGUUCGCGCACAGCGCGAACUACCGGAAGAUACCCCUGUGCACGGCGGGCGUGGUGCCGUCGGAGGAGACCGAGAGCAUGUGCGGCCGGCCGCUGGGCCUCCAGUUCCACGCCAAGACGGGCGACCUCUACAUCGCCGACGCCUACCUGGGGCUCAUGAGGGUCGGCCCUGGCGGCGGCGAGGCCGAGGUGCUGGCGACCGGCGCGGAUGGCGUCCCGUUCAACUUCGUCAACGGCCUGGACGUCGACCAGGCCACCGGCGACGUCUACUUCACCGACUCGAGCACGACGUAUCCCAGGAGGUUUAACACCGAGAUCAUGAUGAACGCGGAUGCGACGGGCCGGCUUCUCAAGUACGACGCGCGGACCAAGACCGUCGCCGUGCUGAAGGCCGACCUGCCGUACCCGAACGGCGUGGCGGUCAGCCGCGACGGGGCGCAGGUCGUGGUCGCGCACACCGUGCCUUGCCAAGCGUUCAGGUACUUUCUCCGCGGCGCCAGGGCGGGGCAGUACGAGCUGCUGGCGGACCUGCCGGGGUACCCGGACAACGUGAGGCGGGACGACAAGGGUGGCUACUGGGUGGCCCUCAACCAGGAGAAGCAGAGGCUGGACGCGACGCCGGCGACGGCUCCUGUGAAGCACCUGGUCGGCGUCCGCCUGAACGCUGACGGGGUGGAGAUCGAGGAGCUCACGGCGGCCAAGGGCGUCACGCUGAGCGACGUGGCGGAGAUGAAGGGGAAGCUGUGGUUAGGCUCCGUGGAGCUCGAGUAUGUCGGCCUGGUUGCUUGAGCUGCUGCGGCUGCUUGCCAACAUUAGCUAUGGACGUAUAUAUUAUAUGGUCAUGUUAAUUAGGAACUUAGGAUUAGGAAUUGCAUUGGUAAAGUUAGCAGUAGCUACUCUUAAGCAGUGUUUUCAUGUGUGUUUAUUAUGACAAAGUCGACGCAAUUGUACGGUUAAAAGUUAAUUAUUGGUCUUGGAUUUUUUAUAAUCCAUUUUUA